AUGGCAUGGACGUCGGCACUCCUCCUGCUGCUGAGUGCUUCUGCGGAGUCUCAAGCCAUCCACCCUCGCCCACCACGUAAGCCUUCCAUUAUAUCGGUGGACAGCAAAGCUCCUUCAGACGCUGGCAUACCUCUCGAGGCCUUCGUGUCAUACUCCAUUGAGUUCUCGUCCUUUCCUGACUUUGCUGGCAAUGCUUCACACCCGAACACCUUCUCCAACAAUCUUUUGAACAACCUUGGCAAUUUGACUGGCACGAAGCCUUAUAUUCGAGUGGGCGGCAAUACUCAGGAUUAUGCAGUCUUCAACAGCUCCUUGCUCGACCUCGCGACCAUAGGGAUAGUAGAUCCUGCGAAGUCGCCCGACUACCCCACAACGUUGACCUUUGGCCCAAAGUACUUCCAAUCGUACCAUACAUGGCCAGACGUCAAGUUCGUCCACGGCUUCAACCUCGGACGCAACAGCACAGCUGCUCGGAAUGCCCUGAUUGAGUCGGUAUCUUACGCUUGCGAGGCAUUGGCUGGGCGGCUCCUGUACUGGGAGCUAGGCAAUGAGCCUGACCUUUACUCUACAUCAUCACAAGGGGCUGUCCGGCCUCCAAAUUGGAACGAGCGCUGGUAUGUCCACCAGUGGCUCCAUUGGACUAGGGCCAUUCGCAAGGCGAUGGAGAAGUCAUGUCCCGGUCUUGCGUCAGAGAAGGAGUACAAAUACUACGCUCCAUCGUUCGCCAACACAGACGCCACACUGGAUCCACUCAUAACGUGGCAGGAUGGUAUAGACAAGGACAAAGACAUUGCAGUCAUCACCACUCACAACUACAUCAGCGGAGCAGAAGUGCCCGGCGUGACGCUGCAAGGCACACUGAUGAACCAUUCCUCGACCGUAGAAUCGAUCCGCCCUCAACUCAACGAGUCACGACUGCUAUCAGCUUUACCGGACCGACUCAACCCUGGCCUGCCCUUCAUCAUGGGCGAGACGAACUCCUUGUACAAUCAAGGCAGGCCCGGCCUCUCAAACACUUUCGGCGCUACCCUCUGGGGCGUCGACUUCAACCUCUGGUGCGCCACCAACAGCAUCCAGCGAGUCCACAUGCAUCAAGGCACCAACUACCGCUAUCAAGCCUGGCAGCCGAUCGAGACGAACAUCACGAGCAAGGGCACCAAAGCGCCGUACUACGGAAGCAUCGCCGUAGCAGCCUUCAUGGGCGACAUCGUCACCGAAGCACCAAGUAUCGUGAACCUCCCGCUCGCCGACGAGCAGGAGAGCGCGUACGCUGCCUACGUCGACGGCAAGCUGGACCGAGUUAUCGUGAUCAAUAUGAUGGAGUACAACGCUACAAAGCCGAACAAGUACAUCAACCAUUACCCGCGUCCGGUUGAACGAUACGAGUUCCAGCUGCCGGAGAGCUGUGCGGGCAAGGCGGAUGUGCAGUGGCUUAUGGCGAACGGGAGCGACGCGAUUACGGGUGUUACUUAUGAUGGCUACAGCUACAACUAUGAGCUGGAGAAUGGCAUGCCGGUGCGCCUGCAGAACGUGACGAGAGGGCAGACAGUGCCAGUGGCCGAGAACGGAAAGAUGUGGGUGGAUGUGCCGCGGAGCAGCGCUGCGAUUGUUCGGUUGAGGAAGUGA